AUGUUCGAAAUAGAGGAUAAAUGGAAUUCGAAAUGCGAUUCUGAACUAAGUUCUCCGAAAACACUAUAUACAGGGGACCAAGUAAUGAAUCAGUUCCUCCAAAACCCCCCAUCUUUGACCCAUUGGAUUCAUCAUCUACUCUAUUUCUGGCUUCUUUCUUCCUCACUUCAUUCCCACACCUUCUGGUUGUGGAUCACUAACUGGUGGAGAAAUUUGAGGUAA